CGCCGGGGAGAGCAGUCGAUGACGCGGAGACUUAGACUUUAAUAAUUAAAAGGGAAACUAACGAAUAACAACACCACUAAAAGACUGAACCGAGAAAACAAAACACAAGACAAAAAAGCAUCAGCACGCGCACAUUCAGGCUAACAAAGCACCAUGUAGACUGAGUAACCAGUGGCCGCCCGGAAGGUAAAAACAAUCUCCAGGUAAAAAUAAAACCCCAGAAAGCCUAGGUGUGAGCGCAAGGACGCCCGGGACGCCAUGGUGUGUGUGGUGCCAGCCUUGGCGGGGAUCUCGAGGUCCCGCAGGAGGCGAGGAGCUGACAGCCCGCGUCAGGAGCGAGGCUGCGGCGUCGAGGUGCUCGUGGUGCUGACCGCGCUGCUGCUCAGCCUCACCCCGGGGGAAUGCAAGACGAGGAACGUCACCAACCUGCAGAUCCUGGACAGCCUGCUGAAGCUCUACGACCGCCGAGCCACGCCCACCAACCAUCUCAAUAACGCCACGACAGUCACCUGUGAGCUCUACAUCAGAAGCUUCGGAUCCAUCGACCCAAAUUCUAUGAAGCUUUCUAUGCCCAUUGACAGUAGAAAGAAUCAGCUCAGUCUAAUAGCUCUCCUCACGUCGUCAGAAGUGCUAACGGCAAAUUUUAUGGAAUUUUGGAGUCCUCAGCGUUGUGCCUUUGAAGUGCUUGUUUCUGAAAACAGAGACAUGGAAAAUAGAGGGAGAGAAGGAAAACAAACCCACCAGAAAGGCGAGACGAUGUAG